AUGCAACUCACAAACGUAUUCGCAACUUUGGCCACGGUCCUCAUCGCCGGCAGCAACAGCUUCGCUCGAGCAGGAUGCUACAACACUGGCGUUAAUUUUGCCAACAGGGACCGCGCAGCAUACAACGCCGGAAGAGCUUGCAGAGGUUACGAUGGGAACAGAGGUGCAUUGCAAGGCGUUUUUGGGCCCUCAGGUAAAAAAACGGCCUGGCCUGUGUCAAUGAGAGUGGUCAGUAUAUCAAUCUCGAGAUCACCAACCUGA